UACAAAUUGCACUUUAAUUGUGCUCGUCUUUAUUUUUAAACAAAAAUUUAUUAUUCUCAUUUGCCCUCGCAACUUUAAAUUAAAAUAUAUAGCUAGAGCUUUCUAUUCAAAAAAUGUUUUCAAGAGCUAUUUGCACCCUCGGGUCGCGCGCCGCCGUGGUUCCUCGCCUCGCCCGCGCACACAGACUCCUCUCGACUACAGCACUGCGCCAGGCUGACGCAGCAACAGUGACCAACCACAACAAGCCCAUCGAAGGCAGCGCAGCAGCCAGCGAGGGUAAUAACAUGAUGCCCAUUUAUCUUGAUGCGCAGGCAACCACGCCACUGGAUCCGCGGGUCCUGGACUCCAUGAUGCCCUUUAUGACCGAGAGCUACGGCAACCCGCACUCGCGCACGCACAAGUUUGGCUGGGACACAGAGCAUGCUGUCGACAUUGCACGCGAGCAGGUGGCCAGCUUGAUCGGGGCGCACCCUAAGGAGAUUAUUUUCACAUCGGGAGCGACCGAGUCCAACAACACGGCGAUCAAGGGCGUGGCACGGUUCUACAAGGGGAAGAAGAACCACAUUAUCACGGCGCAGACCGAGCACAAGUGCGUGCUGGACUCGUGCCGUGUGCUGCAGGAGGAAGGAUUCGAGGUGACGUAUUUGCCGGUUAGCCAGGGUGGGCGCAUCAGCCUGGACGACCUCAAGGAAGCUAUGCGGCCGACCACAGCGCUGGUGUCCAUCAUGGCGGUCAACAACGAGAUUGGCGUCAUCCAGGACAUCAAAGAGAUUGGCAAGCUGUGUCGCGAGCGCCGCAUCUUCUUCCACACGGACGCUGCACAGGCGGCGGGCAAGAUCCCACUGGACGUCAACGAGAUGAACAUUGAUCUUAUGAGUAUCUCGGGACACAAGCUCUACGGCCCCAAGGGCGUCGGUGCAUUGUAUGUGCGUCGCCGCCCGCGCGUCCGCCUCGAGCCCAUCAUAACCGGUGGCGGCCAGGAACGUGGUCUGCGCAGCGGUACCGUGCCCUCGCCGCUCGUUGUCGGCUUGGGUGCGGCUGCAGCCCUGGGCAAGCGCGAGCUUUCGUACGAUUACGCUCACAUGCAGAAACUGGCGAAUCGCCUAGUUGAAGGCAUCCAGAAGCGCGUCUCGCAUGUAGUGCGCAACGGCGACCCCGAUCACAUGUACCCGGGGUGCGUCAACCUUUCGUUUUCAUUUGUCGAGGGUGAGUCCUUGUUGAUGGCCCUAAAGAACGUCGCACUGUCGUCGGGCUCGGCCUGCACGUCGGCGUCGCUGGAGCCCUCGUAUGUGCUGCGCGCGCUGGGUGCUGAGGACGACAUGGCGCAUUCAUCGAUUCGCUUUGGUUUAGGAAGAUUCACAACCGAGUCCGAGGUCGAUUAUGUCGUCGACAAUGUCGAGGCCCACGUUAACCGUCUACGCGAGAUGAGUCCGCUGUGGGAGAUGCACUUGGAGGGAAUCGAUCUCAAGUCUAUCCAGUGGUCGCAGCACUAGAAUAUAUUCUUUGCUUUCCACCUUUUCAUAUUUAUAUUUUUGACAAAAUCAAAAAGAUGACAAUUCAA